AAUUAUUGUUUUGCUUUCCAUUUAGAUACAUAAUCAUCAAAAAUCUGCUUAAUAAUGUUUGCUGCGACGUCGAUGCCGAAAAGAAAGAGUCUCAAAAGGGUGGCCAAGAAUAGAAAAAUAAAACAAUCAAAGGUGUGUAGGGAUUACGAUCUUAAGACGAAAAGGAAAAUUAACAGCAAGAGAGUCAGAAGUGUAAAGACAAUGACGUUUUGUGAUCUCACUGAUGCCGAAGAAAAUGAAUUAUUUAAGAUGGGUGGCGUACAGUCCGUCUCGCUGGAUAUAGAAAGUGGAAGGUACAUUAUCCGAUUUUAUGAUGAUCCACAAUCAAAAAUACAGAAACGUAUAGAGUCACACGCUGACCUCGGUAAACAUAAGUUUAUCUUCAAGAACCUUCUUGAUGACGGUGUUUACUCCGCAACAAAAGGGACAGUUGGUUGUUUCGUUAAGUUUGACAACUCAAGUCCUUGGUACGCAGCGACUAACAAGCAUGUUUUUUCAUUCGGCGAGGAAGGAACUCCGGCACACAGUGGGUCUGUACAAAACAAUCAACUACAUUUGAAAGAAAAAGGGGUAAUCCAGGGCUUUAUUGAUGCAUGUGAGGUUAAUACAGACGAUCAAGACACUCUAUUUACAUACGACCUGGCACUUGUUCAACUACACGAGGAACUCCAUCCAACAGUUGAAUGUCAAUGCAAAUGGCCGUACUUUAGUAACAAAGAAGAGUUGGUAGAUCAGCUAUCGAGGAUACGGAAUGGGGAUGCCUCUGUUUUUAAGCAUGGCCUGACAACCGGAGCAACGGAAGGGAACGCACCAGAAUUGGUAAGCCAUAGUAUAGAAACGUUUGAUGUAGGGGGAAUAGAGAAGCAAAUUGACAUAUUUCACUCCCUAAAAAUUUCAAGUGCCAAUGCAGAAGAAGCCUUCAUGAAACCAGGCGACAGUGGAGCACUUGUCUACUUGAAAGAUAACGAGCAAAGAGGUAUUAUUGCAAUGUGUUACAUCUACAAAGAUGAUGGUAAAAGCUGCCUGGCAUUUCCAUUUGCAAACGCUUUAAAUGCUCUUUUGAAUAAGUAUGAACAGCCGACUACAGAUGUUAAAAUACACUGUGGAGGAAAAAUAUGCGGCAAUAAUGCACGACCACAGAGGAGAAAUUAUGGCAAUGUGUUACAUCUACCAAUAAGUAUCGAAAGGAAAUUAUGACGUCAAAUUAAAUACAUAUACUGAAAAUAUCAUUUGCGGGUAACUUUCACCCCUGUAAGUCCCAACCAACAGUUUCCGUGUUUUGAAAUUGUUUUAUGUUGAUGUGUUUAUGUUAUAAUUUUGAAACGAUUGAAUAUGUCAUAUUAUCCAGUAAAUAUGUAUAUUGUUUAUUCUUGCUAUGUUUUAGAGUUAUUUUUUUUAAAAAGUUUUUUUCCCCAUGCACAGUUUUUAAAUCUAUAUAUUUCAAUUUUGAACAAAAUACUCAAUAUUGAUAUAGCAUUUUGACCUAAUGAUAUUGCAAAUUUUUGUGGUAUGUAUUUUGUUAUUAUAAAGUUUAGUAUAUAUUUAAAAUGUAGUUACGUUUAUAUAAUGUAUAUUCGAACAUGACUGUAUUAACGCCUUCUACAAACUGUAAACAAAGUCAA